CCAAACAUCCCAACUCUCUCCACUAGAACCAAAUCCAGUAACUGUUAAGAAGCCACUGCUCACCAGAGGUUUGGUUCUGAGUAGACGAGAAAAUGGCAAGCUUUCAAAUAUAUGCAAGUUUGUUUCUGCCAAGCAAAGACUGCUUGGCUUGCCACCCGUCAUAGUCAGGCCUCAAUUACAUUAUCUAAUUUUAGGUGUUGUCACUUUUAAACCUGUUUGUAAAGAUGUAUAUGUCUACUUGCAAUGUCAAGGAAGCCAAGGCAACACUGCACUGAACUUAGUGACUUUGCAUAACUGCGACACAGGAGGAGCUGAAGGGAUCAUACAGGCGACUGUGCAUGCUCUACCACCCAGACAAGCACAGAGACCCAGAAUUAAAGAGGCAGGCAGAACAGCUCUUUAACCUAGUGCAUCAAGCUUAUGAAGUCCUAAGUGACCCACAGUUACGAGCCAUCUAUGACAUCUAUGGCAAGAGAGGGCUGGAUGUUGAAGGAUGGGAGGUGGUGGAGAGAAAAAGAACUCCAGUAGAGAUCCGAGAGGAGUUUGAGCGUCUGCAGAGAGAGAGGGAGGAGAGACGGCUACAGCAGAGGACCAAUCCCAAGGGGAUGAUCAGUGUGGGUGUAGAUGCCACAGACCUCUUUGAUCGCUAUGAGGAGGAUUACAAGGAUUUGCCCGGAGGGGGCUUCCCACAUGUUGAGAUCAACAAGAUGCACAUAUCACAAUCCAUAGAGGCCCCCCUCACCACCACAGACACAGCUGUUCUCUCUGGCUCCCUGUCAACCCACAACGGAAACGGAGGAGGAAACAUUAACCUGGCACUACGGAGAGUCACCUCUGCUAAGGGAUGGGGGGAGGUAGAGUUUGGGGCAGGAGACUCACACGGGCCCCUCUUAGGAAUGAAGAUAUUCCGCAACCUCACUGCUCGCUGCUUUGUGACUGCUCAGUGUGGACUCCAGUUCUCAUCCCGGGGCGUGCGGCCUGGUUGCACCACGGUGCUGGCUCGGCACCUGGACAAGAACACCAUGGGUUACCUGCAAUGGCGCUGGGGCACCCAGUCCUCCAUGAACACCAGCAUCGUCAGGGACACCAAGACCAGCCACUUCACAUUCGCCAUGCAGCUUGGGAUCCCUCACUCCUUCAUGAUGAUGAGCUACCAGUACAAGUUCCAGGACGAUGAACAGACCAAGGUCAAGGGCUCAAUCAAAUCUGGCUUUUUUGGGACAGUAGUGGAGUACGGUGCAGAGAGGAAGAUCAGUCGGCACAGUGUCCUGGGGGCGACCGUCAGUGUAGGAGUACCUCAGGGAGUCUCCCUCAAGAUAAAGCUGAACCGUGCCAGCCAGACAUAUUUCUUCCCCAUCCAUCUGACUGACCAGCUCCUACCCAGUGCAGUGUUCUACGCUACGGUUGGACCACUCAUCUUCUACCUCGCUAUCCAGAGACUCAUCAUAAGGCCCUACGUGCGUGCCCAGCAGGAACAGGACCUGGAGAAGCACCGGGAGAGUUCAGCCUCGGACAUUGCUAGGAAAAAGCAGGAGGCAGAAUCUGCUGUUUUGCUAAUGCAGGAGUCUGUGCGCAGGAUCAUUGAAACUGAGGAAUCUAGAAUGGGUCUCAUCAUCCUCAACGCUUGGUAUGGCAAGUUUGUGACCGACAACAGUCGGAGGCAUGAGCGGGCAAAGGUCAUUGAUGUGUCUGUUCCACUGCAAUGCCUGGUGAAGGACUCUAAGCUCAUCCUCACCGAGGCUACAAAGACUGGAUUACCUGGGUUCUAUGACCCCUGUGUGGGAGAGGAGAAGAGCCUGAAAGUCCUGUAUCAGUUCCGGGGAGUGAUGCAUCAAGUUCUCUCCCCUGAUGGGGAAGCACUCAGGAUACCAAAACAAUCUCACAGGAUUGAUGCUGACACAUAGGAGCCUCUUUCCUGGACCAAAUGGGGCAUGACACAAUGUUAAACUUUGACAAUGGAUGGACAGACUCGUAUUGUAGAGACACGGAGUUACUCAUUGUGCCCUAAAAAGUCAUGCAUAUCCAUGUUCAUGUUGUCCAUCUAAUUAUGCCGAUGAGACAUGUCAGAAAUGUACUCAGCAGGGGUUGCCCUUUUGAAUGAAAUUCAGUCAAGUCUAAAUUCACUCUAAAAAUGGGAUGGUCAUAAUCUCGCUUUCCUCAGCCUAUUCCUCAGUCUAUGCAUCUUUAAAGUACUCCCCUUUCAGGUAUGGCUUGUAAUGUCUGACUCAGGCACUGUAGUAUCAGUGCAGUGACUAUGUGACCCUCUUGAAGGUAUGAAUGCAUCUCUGUAUAUGCCAUAUUAUUAAAGUCAAUAUUUUUCAAGCUGCAAUAACUCAUUUGGGAAAUUGCGCUCGAAACAAUAUUUUGUCACAAUUUA